AACUUUUCAAAUCUGAUAGAGACGGGACUUAAUCACACAUUCAGUUGUGUUCACCAAAAAAAAAAGACAAUUACUCAUCACCGGCACAGCUCCAGUGAUUUCAGAGGAGUCGCGGUGAAGCAGCGGCAGCCCAUAAUUCAUUUAGUACAAAACAAUGCGUAAUGUGCCGCCGCCUUGAGCGCGCAUUGUCCUCUAUGAGAGGUUGAAACGGGGCAGGGUGGAAAAGACCCAGCAGGCUGUGCUUUUAAAAGACCCGAGGAGACUAUAAAAGUGGUUUCAUGCCCGCUGCAGUAAAGGCUCUGCUCGAUUUGCGCACAGACAGAAGGAGGUAGGCAGAGCCGACAGAGGAAAGAGGACAACACACACUUCACAACACGCACACGCAUUGCUCAGUUUGUUUUCAAAUGUCGGCUCUCUGUCACAGGUAGAGACAGACGAGAAGCGGCAUUUUUUAUUAAGUUCACCCAGGGUUUUAAGACAGUAUUUUUUUCAAAUCAAAGAGUGUCAGACAUCGUGUUUGUAGUCUACAGAAGUGCAUGUUUGCUGCUUUAGUGAUUAGGAUGCGCGUCUUCUCAAGCCGACCCGGUGCUGUUUGACACUUUUCGCCCCCCCACCCCGAGCUGGAUUCACUCACCGGUCUGUUUUCUAACCGGGGAAAGUUGGGCUCAUUUAAACUUUUCUGGCCGUAGCUUUUCAUGCCACGGAAAUGGGACCGCGCCAACGGGAGAGCGUGUCUGCGCUUUGCAGGAAAAGUUUGCUUUGGGCUGUGCUGAUACUCUGGCUGACCACGUUUGUUGACGGGACCUGGAAGACGGGACUUUACAAAACCUACUCAGCCGGGACGCAGCUGAGCAGAGACCAGACAACCGCCUCUCACGGCUCAAUUUACCAGAAAAGGAACUGGUGUCCUCAUACGGUCACUAAAACGGUGACCUGUCAGGUGCAGAAUGGGACAAUCCUGCAACGGGUCUACCAGACGUGCCACUGGCCGCAGGGAUGCACGGGAGGCAGCUACAGGACCGUGGUCAGACCAUCCUAUAAAGUCGUGUACCGCACUGUGACCUCUCUGGAGUGGAAGUGCUGUCCAGGAUUCAGCGGUCCUGCUUGUGAAGAAGAUGCAGGGAACCAGCUUGUAGCUCAAGAGGCAGUGAGGAAACCAUCCACGCUACGCCGCCCGCCUGCUCGCACUGGAGAGCCCGUCUCCAAUUGUCUCAACUGCAGUCGAAUCACAGCUUUUAGCGACAGGCUGAGCUCACUGGAGGCGAAGGUCCAGUUACUCACUGCUCCGGCCACCGUUUCACAUCGCCACCUUCAGGGUAAAGGAGGAAGUGCACCAGAGGCCACAUUACUGAUGGGGGCUGUGCCCGCUCAGGGAGCUCCUGGUGAGCAGGGACCUGCAGGUCCUCAGGGUGAAAAGGGAAGAGAUGGGCUUCCGGGCAGAGACGGGAAGCCAGGGUCUCGAGGGCCACCAGGUCCCGCCGGGCCUCGGGGGGAUGCCGGGUCAAGGGGGCCAUCUGGAUCCCCAGGGUUGAAGGGAUCCUCAGGACCUGCAGGCCCCCGUGGUCCACCAGGACUCCCAGGAGAGAGAGGUCUACCAGGCCCGCCUGGCCCUCCAGGUCCUCCAGGGCCAGCCAGUGCCUACAUCCCAGAGCCAGACCACAAUCGUGGAAAAGACCCUUUCUUCACCAACACUUUCCACGACUCACGAGGGUUGCCUGUUCCAGGACCUCAGGGUCCCCCCGGGCCUGUCGGUCCUCCAGGUCCCAAAGGCCCAGCAGGACCUCCUGGCCCAUCGGGACAGAACGGUAAACCUGGAGCCCCUGGAAUGCAGGGCCCAGUGGGGCCAAAGGGAGAACGCGGGGAGAGAGGUCCUUUAGGUUACCCAGGAGAGAGGGGCUUCAGAGGCGAGCCGGGAGUGCCGGGUCCCAAGGGAGAGCCUGGAGAGAAGGGCUUGCCGGGUGACGGAAUACAUCAGAUCAGAGAGGCGCUGAAGAUCUUAGCCGAGAGGGUUUUAAUCCUUGAGACUAUGAUCGGUAUUCAUGAGCCUGAUCUAGGGUCUGGGGAUGGACCGUUUGGCACAGCCUCCCCUAGUUUCUACAGAGAUAAGCGAGCAGGUGCGCUUCCAUAUCGACUUGCUUCUCCUUUGUCCUCCAACACCAAGGUUCGAGGGAAGUAGUGCCCCCCCCUCACCCCCUGCUCACCCUGAGGAUCACAGGCUGGGUUGACUCCCCCUCCUUUAGGUCUCAUCGGCACUCAACAGAUUUAGACCUUAUCUGAUACCCUCUCUGGGCUUUACUGUCAGAUUUAGGAUGGGAGACACCUCAGGGAAACUCCACUGAUACUCCACAAUGCCCUCCUACAUCGGGAACCUGAGAACUAGUUUGACUCCCCCCCACCUCCAUAACUAAACACUUUUCUUUCCAUAAGAUACCCAACAGCUUCUUUUGAGUCUCAUUUCUUUGGUUACAGAAGCCUCAGAAUAAUCAAUCUGAAUCUUCUGUGGUGCUCUUUGAGCUACCAACACUCCUGGAUAAUAAGGGUCAUUUAGAGUAAUCAGUUAAAGGAGGAAUCAGAUGUGAGGAAAUAGACUGGAUUUGAGUUUGUAUUGCUUUCACAAUUUAACUGCUAUCUGAAGAGAUUCCACUAUUUAAGUAUAUUUCGCAUGUAAAACUUGCAGGACACAAGUAUACAAACAAUCCUCUUCUUCUAGUAUUACUUUUGUUACACUUCUAUCAUAAUGUUUAAUCCCAUUUUAUGUAGUGCACUAAAAAGAUGAAGUCAUCUCCACGCUAACUGAGAUAUGUGUUGCUAACAGUGAUUUGUAGUUUUCUGAUGUGACUGUUUUCCCCCCUUCAAGUACAGACUGUUAAAGUUAUUUAAUACACAGUAGUAUAUUUACAUGUCACAUGUGCAAAGAAAGCACAAAUGUGUGCAUCUGGGUGUAUUUGGUUCAAAAACUGUCAUAAAUUAAACAAAACAUAUACAAAAUACACACAGGGGAAACAGCAAAACUGUUAAUGGAACUUGAACAUAUUUUUACCACUGUUGUGUAAACUGCAUAAAUUGUCCUGAUGAAAAGACUUGAUAGUUGUUUUUUCAUCUUACAUCAAACUUACUGUUAAACUAUUUAAAAUGAUCAAUUGUAGUUUAUUUUGUAUGAUGUUGUGUAACCAUUUCAUACUUCAAACUUUUUUUCUUGCAAAAUGUGUCACGUGUUAUUAAGAUAAUCCUGUCCAAAUGAUUGGUGUAAUAAAAUGAUGUUCAUUGUUUUGUUUUUUUUAAACAAGUCACCAAGUCACUUCAUUUGUGUCGGUGUUCAUUAAACACAGUUGCAGUGUGAAUAAAUGACGCCCA